AAACCCUGGAAGUGGGAAACGCGGGGGAUACGAGCUGAUGUAGCGAAAGAGCGCUGCUCGCGAUUGAUGAGAGGGCAGGGGACGCGGGCCUUGUGUGUUCUGUAUGCGAUUGAGUCUACGUCGCCUUGGUUGUGUGCAGGUUUGGUCUUUGGCCAGCAGCAGCAGCAGGAUUUGGGGGACUUUGGGGGAGAAAACUCUAAACGGGCCAGCAAGAGAUCUAGAGGGAAAGGAAGAAGGGCCUCCUGCUGCUGAGAAGAAGAAGGGAAGGGUGGUCAGGAGCUCAAUGCCAGCUGAGCAAGGCCCAGGAAGGACCCAGACUGUGAUGCUCCCCGUCAGUGUCAAAGUUAAUCACAGCUGGCAGCUGCUGCAGCUGGCAAGAGAAGAGAGGAAAAGGACAAAGGGCCGAUGUGUAUGUGCAGAAGUGCCUGUCUAUCUAUAGUCAUGCCUGUGCUGAUGAUAAGCAACGUUGUGUAGCCCGAUGUCCCUACUCUGCCAGAACCCAUACCACAUGGUCUCAUUGUGCUGCCCAUCACGCCCAGCAAGGCAGCACCAGGUCGUGAGCUCGGGCCACACCUGAAAGCGGAAUGAGAAGCUGCAACUGACAAAUAGAAGCGAAGCUACCAAAGUGCAGCGACAUCCUUGAGAGCAAGGAGACCUUGAGCCAGCUUCACCUGCUCCUUGUUUUUCGCAUGAUCAGCUUCAGUGAGUCUGUAACCGCUCUUCUCAAACACAGUCUCAGGUCUUAGCGUAGCGCGGCCUUGCUUGAAGAUGUACUGCGAGAGCAUCUGUGCCUUUGUCUCAUUCUUGGCGCCGACAAAGCGUGUCGACAAGAAGAGCCACUUUUCGUCC